AUGCUUCUGAGGGUCCCCGAGCAUGAACAACUUACGAGUCCAUCAAAGCGAUCGAGUUAUGUACCGUGGUCCGGUUGUAAAACGUGCUUCAAGCUUGCAUUGCUGUUGAUGCCGAUCGAAUCUUCGUGUGGUGCUUACAUUCAUGCUGAGUUAUAA